CAUAAAAAAGAUUCAAAACCGAAAAAAAGAAAAGCCUUCAAAUAUCAAAAUCUUCCAAUUUCAUUCUAUCUCUGUUUGUUUCUCUCUCUUUCUCUCCAACACAAAAUUCAAAAACCAAAAAAAAGAAUUUAUAACAAACCAACCCUUGAAAGAGAAAGAGAAAGAGAGGAGAUUUUUAUUUUUAUUUGCAAUAAAAAGGAGAGGAAUUUGAGAGAAAAGCCAGGUACAUGCUCCUCCUCAACUAGAAAAUACUGACGAUUUGUAUUUGAAGAAAAGAGCAAGGAUGCGUCGGUGGCUUUGUUGUACCCGUCAGGUAAACGAGAAUUAUCGAUCACAUGAAAGUGAGCACUUCAAGAGCCCCGUGUUUCUAUCAGACGGGCAGGAAAAAGACACAAGGGUAGCAGCUGAUGUCAAGCCCGAAGUGCAUAAAUCAGCACCACCUAUUGAAGUACCCGCACUAUCACUGGAAGAGUUGAAAGAAAAGACUGACAAUUUUGGAUCAAAGGCUUUGGUUGGUGAGGGUUCCUAUGGCAGAGUUUAUUAUGCAAAUUUGGACAAUGGAAAAGCUGUGGCUGUGAAAAAGCUAGAUACUUCCGCUGAGCCUGACUCAACUGUAGAGUUUUUGACCCAGGUUUCCAUGGUUUCAAGAUUGAAAAAUGAAAAUGUUGUCGAGUUGCAAGGUUACUGUGUUGAAAGAAAUCUCCGCAUCCUUGCAUAUGAGUUUGCAACUAUGGGAUCACUACAUGACAUAUUGCACGGAAGGAAGGGGGUUCAAGGGGCACAAGCAGGUCCAGUGCUUGACUGGAUGCAGCGGGUAAGAAUAGCUAUUGAUGCCGCAAGGGGCUUGGAAUACUUACAUGAGAAGGCUCAACCUGCUAUUAUACACAGAGAUAUUAGAUCUAGCAAUGUGCUUCUCUUCGAAGACUUCAAAGCAAAAAUUGCAGAUUUUAACCUCUCAAACCAAUCUCCUGACAUGGCUGCUCGUCUUCAUUCUACUCGAGUUUUAGGGACAUUUGGUUAUCAUGCUCCAGAAUAUGCAAUGACUGGACAGUUGACACAGAAGAGUGAUGUGUACAGUUUUGGGGUUGUCCUUCUAGAACUUCUGACUGGGAGGAAACCUGUUGACCAUACAAUGCCUCGUGGACAGCAGAGUCUUGUUACAUGGGCUACUCCGAGACUUAGUGAAGAUAAAGUUAAACAAUGUGUGGAUCCAAAACUAAAUGGAGAGUAUCCUCCUAAAGGAGUUGCUAAGCUGGCAGCUGUGGCAGCAUUGUGUGUGCAGUAUGAAUCCGAGUUCCGUCCAAACAUGGGCAUCGUCGUUAAGGCUCUCCAACCUCUGGCAAAGGGCCAAGCAGCAGCAGCGGCAUCAGAGACAUAAAAACAGAUAAAUGCAGUCCUUCACCUUGGAUUGAAAUUUCUGCAACUUAUGCACAGUUCAUUUCCAUUCUGACUACAAAUUAUAUAUUUAUUCAACAUAUUAUAUGUAUUUACUUCUUUCUGCUUUUUUCUUUUUGUUUGUUUGGUUUUUGUCAUAUACGACAACCAUGUAUAGGAUUGGGUUGGAUUGUUUAACAUCACCUGAUAUAUGAUAUGAUCUCUCCGCUGCCGGUUUUGGUCACCGGGUGCCGAUGUCCUUUUGAGUUGUACAAUUAAGCAAGGGAUUGGGUCUUGUGGUACAUAGAAAUGUUAACAAAUUAUUAUUAUUAUUAUUAUUAUUAUUAUUAUUAUUAUUAUUGUUAUUGCA